AGAGGCAUCGCCCGCAGCAGGGCGGGGCGCGCAGACAGACAGUUGUGGCUGCGCCCCGGUUGUGCUCUCCCCGUGAGCUCCAGGAACCAGUAUGGCUGCGGUGGUGGUCGCCGUCGAGGCCGCGGCGGCGGCGGGAGGCGCCUGCAGGGGCAGGUCGUACCUGGUGCGGAGCCUCUACUGGAGGCGGCGCGCCGGGCUGCGGAGGCUGCACUUGGAGCGGGCGGGCGCGUGGCGCGGGGGCGGCCGGCGGCUCAGCUUCCACUACGACGCCCUCAGCUACGCCCUCAACUUCGACGACGGCCGCGUCUCCGCCGACUUCCUGCGGUGACGGCGACUAGCCUUGCGCGGACGCCGGAGUACUAGCUGCCGGGUUGUACUAGCGCUAGCGGUGUUUGAUUUCUUAGCCAGUUUUUCAGCCAAAAGCCGGCCGAGCAAUGGCGGAGGUGUGUCGCCGUUUCUAGCUGCUUAAUAGGAAGGAAUUUCUUUCGUUCGAGUCGGCGAUGCCAAACGAUGCGUCUGUUCUUGAUCCCUGUAGUUUCUGACCUUGUGUUGCGCCGUGCUGUA